UCACCAUUGUCUUGAACAAGAGGCUGCACUUCUGCUGCCUUUCACCGCCAUCCACGACACACUUUCCGCCCACCACAUUCUUUUCCAUAGUCCUAAUAUACACACUCGUUCAUCAUGAACAACCUGCCUACGGCGCCUCAGCAGGCGCCGCCGUCUGCAGCUCCAAAUGGACAGCAGCCUGCGAAAAAGAAACGUCCACGUCCCAAAGAAGGCCCUUUGCGCGCGCCUCGUCGACCGCUCGCAAAGAUCACGCGCCCUUUGGUGUCUCUGGCGCAGAUGAAUGAGAGCAACAAGCCUGCCGAUGCCACCGCUCAAGGGACUGCGUCGCUCGCUGCGCUGCGCCAUGAGUACCAACAGGCAGGCGCGACCAGCUUCCCGCUUAUUGUCACACGCCGCGACCUCAAAGAGCUGCGGCAUCACGUCAUGCGAGUCCAGAACAAGACACACGUCGACAUUCAGGAUCCGAGCCAGUUCGCUACGCCCAUCCGCCUUCACCGUCGAGACCCCCGUGCGCCGCCCAGUGGAGCAGGCUCUCACUUCGAGGAGGAAGACACCAAGGAGGACUUGGAGGAGAUCAAGGAGCGCGAGAGGAUCGAACAGCAGAGGGAGGAGCGCCGCAAGAUUCGAGAGGAGAAUCAGGCGAAGAUUGCGCCUACAGGCAAAUCAAAGCCCCAGGCUUUUCAAAAGAAGACGGAGCAGAAGUACCGGCCAGACGACACACCAGAGGCUAAGAAACGCCAGCUGCUGCGGUACGAGGAGACUCUGCCCUGGCACCUCGAGGACUUCGAGAACAAGCAGACGUGGGUUGGCACGUAUGAGUCGGAGCUUUCUGAGGCACACGUCAUGCUGUCCCAGAACUCGCAAGGCACCAUCCAGCUGGCGCCCAUCGAGCGCUGGUACAGGUUCAACGUCAAGGGCAAGGUCAAGGUCACAGGCGACGAUACCGACAAGGUCAUGUUCAAGGUCGAGAGGGUGCCUGGCUUCCUACGGAACAUCGAGCAGCGUGCUGAGGCGAAAGAAAAGGAAGCACACCAGCUUCGAGGCAGGAACCAGAUGAGCACCCGAGUGGGCGGUGGUGCCGACGACGAAGGCCGCAUCCGCGCAGUGCGAAACGACGAGGGUUACAUCAAGCGCGAGGCGGAUGCUGACGAUAUCGAUUUCAACCUCGAAGAGGACUUUGCGGAUGACGAAGAGGGUCUGAACGGAUUGUUUGAGGGUGACGAAGUGGAUGUCAAGGAGGCUGCUGAGAAGUUGAGGCGAGACCAGCUGGCUGCCUCACUCUGGGACCGUAACGAGAAGAAGAUACAGGAAGAGGAAGAGCGCGAGGAGAUGGAAGCAGAGAUGGCCAAGGAGCUUGAGAAGGGGCUGAGGAAGACGCUGGUUAAGCGUGGCAAACUCUAUGAUUACGCCGAAAGCGACAUGUCUGAAGAAUCCGAAACCGACAGCGAAACAGAACGUCAGCGCGCAAAGGAAGAAGAGGAGAAGAAGGCCGUCGAGGCGAAAGCUGCAGGGACUGGCAACGCACCCUCUGGCACUUCGAGUAAAGGCACCAACACACCCAUGGGCUCGAGUACCCCAUCCGGCACCCACAAGCCCGUCGACAAACUCAAAUCCAAGAAGCGGCCCAACUCCGAGAUGUCUGAGGCCAGUGGCAACGAGUCCUCACGUAUCAAGAAGAAAAAGAAGAACAAGCUCAACGUCGUCCUCGGCAACGGCUCCCCCACCGCAUCUGCAAGCACUAGUCGCGCGGGCAGUCCUGCGCCCGGCUCCCCUGCCCCCAGCCAACCCAAGCUGCCCUCCGCGAAGGAGAUCUACGAUUCCCUGCCGCCGCAGGGUAUGGGUAUCCAGGCGCUCAUUGGCAUGUUCAAGGGACGUGUGGACAAAGAAAACUCAAAAAACUUCAUCUCCAUCGUCAAGGCCGUGUCUACGUUUGACACCCAGCGCAAAUGGCUUACACCGCUGCCACAGAUGCCGAGCGAGGAGAGCAUCAACGAGAAGCUCAACAAGAAGCAAAAUCACGGCUCUCUAGCCCCACAAGGGAUGGAUCUGCGCGCUUUUGUCGGGUUGUCCAAAGACCGUGUUGAUAAUGACACCUACAAAGCUUUUGUUCAUAACACCAAAUCAGUAUCGAGUUACGACAACCAAAGGAAGUGGCUUGCCCCGUUACCGCAGAUGCCCAGCGAGCAGACUGUAAUCAAGAAGAAGAAGAAGAAGAAGCAGAAGAACGCGGAAACAAACGAAAAGCCUUUCAGCACCGCAACGCCGAGUACAGUCGUCGAGUGGGUCAAAGAAGUGAGGCUGGCAGUGAAACGGCGUUUUGUCUCUGCGGCGUGGGUUCGCUUGCAUGGGUGA